GUGUCGCUUUUUGUCGAAAACAAAAAUCUUGAACGAAACACCAGUCUAAACACAUUACAAACUUUUUAAAUACAAAACUUUUGUAAGUUUUAAUUUAUUUUUUAGAACAAUGCCACUAGAAUAUUCCGCGCAUUCGUUCAACUAUGUGGAUUACUUCCAACGUGCCACGGCAUUCCUCAGCGAGCACCGAUGGAUCUUCGAGCAGUCCAACACGAAGUUUGUGCAAGCCGGCAUUCUCGAUGCGUUUCCUCGCACGUGGAUUCAGGAUUUUAAGCGCGCCAACAACGAAGAGCUCAACCAAAUUCCGUUGGGAUAUGUGAAUGAAGCGUGGUGUGAUGAUUUUAAGCAAUUCUUGAGGUCAGUGGAUAGUCUUUCGGUGGAAUAUGAACGGAAGUGUGAUAGUUUAGAUGGAAAUCCAGCGACUGUGAAAGGUAUAAGUCCUAAGAAAUUGUACGAGAUUCGUAAUUUAACGAGUCUUAUUGGUGAUAUAUGCGAACCGAGUGAGACUCUGCUUGAUUUUGGAUCAGGAUUGGGUUACUUAAGCCAGAACCUACAUUCAGCUCACCAACUCAGGGUUCUCGGUCUGGAGGGAGAUCCUUAUCGCGUUCAAGCUGCGCAGCAGAGGCAAAUGAAACUCUUCCCAGAUUCCCAGGAACAUGUGAAAUAUGUUCAGCACUGCAUACUGGAGGAAUCAUUCCCUCAAAUCCAAGAUUCGUGUAAAUUAGCAUUUUCCGAGGACUUAAACUCAACUUACGCAAUUGUUGGUUUGCAUGCCUGCGCGGAUCUCUCGAUUACCGCCAUAAAUAUGUUCCUCUCGCACGAUACCAUCACCAAGCUGGUGAUUAUGCCUUGCUGCUAUCAUAAAUUGGAAUGCGAUUCCGACUCCAAUUGUGCAAAGUUUAGGAAUUUCCCCAUCAGUGAUCCUUUGAGGGACGCCACAGAAAUGGUAUCGAAUUUCAUUGGGAGACCAUUCCUGCGACUAGGCUGCCAGCAAACAUCAGCCCGCUGGAGAAACAUGACCCCAGAGGAACAUGCCGCCCAUGGAUUAGCCAUGUUUGAACGAAGCCUGGUGGAGGCCAUCGUCGAACCGGGGCAUAAAGUCACCAAAAGGAAAAACUUAUCUAACAGUGGGAGUGGUUCCAUUCUGGACAAAUAUCAGCUGUGCGACGAAGCGGGUUCAGAACUGAAAUGGAGUGACCAGCAAUACAAGGAACUGGAGAAGCUUAGUGAAAAGUACCCCGAUGGAAGUCAAUUGGCGGAAUAUUUGACGUGUCUUCAAACAUGCUUGCAGCCAAUAUGCGAGAACCUUAUCCUGCUGGAUCGUAUGUGCCACAUCGAAAAAGAAGCACAGAGUCGGAACAUUACCGUGCGGUGUAAACUGGUGAAAUUUGCAAACGACAAACUUUCUCCGCGAUGCUUUGUUAUAAUAGUCGAAAAGAUAAAUACUGAUUGUUGAAUAUAUCAAUAUGAACAAUACUUAAAU